GCACACACAUUUAACAUCAUUUUACUAUCAUCCACCUACUCACAAUCACAACCACAACAUCAAUUCGGAACAUCUCACCUCCCGAGAAGAUACUACUGCCUCACCAUUUCCAAUCCCGAACAUUCUUCAUUCUGUGUCAGGGUAAACCUUUCAAUCAAUACAAUCCCAAUCCCCAAUCCACCCGACCAAUUCUACACUCCCACCUCAUUCUCCAACCACCAACCACCAACCACCAACCACCAACCACCAACCACCAACCACCAACCACCAACCACCAACCACCAACACAAUCCCCAAUCCACCAAAAACAACUCUUGCUCCAACCCACCACCCACCUCCCACCUCCCAAAAUGUCAACCGAAAUCCCCUUCACCGCAAACCACACCCAGCAACCCUUCAAGCUCCUCGAAUUACCCCCCGAACUCCUCACACUUCUAGAAUCCGACGUUCCUCCCACCCUGCUCCUAACCUCCUCUCCCCAACCCCCCCACCACGCGCACCUCCUCGUCUCCCCCUCCCCCUCCACCACCACCUCCCCCUCGCCCAAAAAAACCUACCUCCUCCGCCAAAAAAACACCUCCAAUCCGCUUAUGCUCCUCUCGCCCUCCACCACUUCCCCGUCUUCCUCUUCCUCGCCCCAACCCAGCAUCACGAGAAUCGGAAGUAUAUCCGACACGAUCGAAUUAAUCAUCAAAGAAGAAGAAAUCAUCGAUGGAGAAGGAAAGAAAAAGGAACCGGAAGUGGUGAAAAAGAUCAAUACUGGGAAAGUAAAUAAAUGGCAUGAGAAAUUCGCUAAGAGUAGGGGGAAUGGGAGUGGGAAUGGGACUAAUAUGAAAGGUUGAGAUCUAGGGAGGAAUUGGGUUGUAUUGUAUUACGUCUGGCUGGUUGGCGGGUUGGAGAUCUGAGUAAAUACUUGGAAUCUUCAUCUGGCAGGUAAAGAAAAGGAACUAUAGAAUCAUAUUCAUUCGUUCGUUCGUUCGUUCGUUUGUUCGUUCAUUCAUUCAUUCAUCCAUCCAUACAGAUCACGGGGACGAAUGAAAUGAUAUGAAAUAAAAUACUUCUCCCAACAUACAUCCUAACAUAUACAUUACAGAACAUCAUUCACAUCGAUAUAGAAGCUAACUGCUUUUGGUCUACAAAGUAUCUAACAUUUGUACGAAAGCAUAAAAUCGGAAUUAGAGAGUGAAAUGGAAUUGGA